GAGGAGGAACAAACCGAGCCGGACCCUCACAUGCUUUCUGCAGAGGAGAACAUCAAUCUCACACAGAACUUGAUGGGUCAUAAUAGGAGAGGAAGAUAUCCUCUACAUGGUGUCGGAGCUUCACCUGGUAUAAGCAUCAGAUCGUCCACAGCAUCCUCCACACCAUCUACAUCGACGAGAGCAGCCACAAGCAGUUUCCAGGCUAUGCCAUUUGUCGCACGUAUCUCUGCGUAUCUGAUUGACAAAAUUGGCCUGGAGCUGCAUAUUCAGGUGACUAAUGAGAUGACUAGAGUUGCGCUGACGGCGAACUCGAUGGACGAUCUCAUGGGGUAUGUUAUACAAUAUUUAGGCGGUGCUAUUCCUUAUAGCGCGUAUGGUGGUGUCAUACGGAUCAUUAGCUCGAUUGGCGAUAAUUCCGGCGCUAGACAGAGUAGUGCUCAGAGUGGAGAUAUUGGAGGGAACAGCACCCGUUCUCGUAAUCGGGAUAGAGAUACCCCCGCCGACGACGAUGGAUGAGGUUUUUUUAUUUUUAAUGCAAUAAACAGUUUUAUUUGUUAUA